UCAACGGGUAUUGUUGCUUGCCUGCACGCUGGAGUGAAGUUAUUGUAUAUACAUAUAUAUCUAAAAACACUGCGCUUAAAGUGUUGAAAGGAUGUUACAUAUGUGUCGUUGAUGAACACUUGAAAUCUCUGUUUAACUCAUACGUACUGUACUUCUUCAGCGGGACAUUAAUACCAAGACGGGAGUAAAAGUUGUUUAUUUAUACAAAACAAGCGUCACUCGGUGUGGUCUCUCUUGCUUUGUUGUGUAACAGAGUGAAUUCUCUACGAAGGCCGUCUUAAGGACAGGUAUUGUCACCGUUCCCUCAUACGGAGAGGGAACCUGGGCACUGACACAGUCUUAGCUAUCGUCAAGUUCGGGAUAUCAUAGACAGUUCGGUCUGUCAUAUGGUAUCCCUCCCCAAGAAAACUAUCAGCUGAGUGAUCCAGUAGAACCGUCGGAUUAGUUCCCCUUUACAAGGAAAACGUGCGUGUGUAGCCGGAAAGGAUGACUCCAAAACCAUUAACCGAGAAAACGAGUCCCCGAGAUCUUAACUCAUGCCAGGGGAACCUCACGCCCCUCAUCAUGAACCAGAAACACGACCCCGACAACGAACCAGACUCCAGGCGUCGCCAAGACCACUACAUUGACCACAAGGUACACCACAGUGACCACAAACACCAAGAUAAAGACCUAAAACCCCUGAAGGACCAUAACUCGACACCCUCAGAGGAUGCAGACAAUGAGAAUAAACUAUGGUCCAACGGGUGUGGUGCAGCCCUUGCUAUUCUGUUCCUCUACCUGUAUGGCAACGUGUUAGUGAUGGACCAGAUGCCUGUAGACCCUCGCGUUCAGUCUUGGUAUUUCGUAACAUCACCCACUCCCAUCCUGUUGAUCUCGCUCGCCUAUAUCGCUGGGGUCACAUGGGCCGGGCCGAGGUUAAUGCGUCACAGGCAGCCAAUCAAAAACCUUAAAUCAGUCAUGAUAAUUUAUAAUGCCUUCCAGGUCAUCUUCUCCACCUAUCUUUUUUAUGAGGCUGGCAUGGCCGGAUGGUUCGGCUCUUACUCCUUCUUGUGUCAACCAUGUGACUUCUCUGACAGCCCAUCAGCAGUUAGGAUGCUUCACACAGCGUAUUGGUAUAACUUCUCCAAGUUUGUCGACUUCCUGGACACGGUGUUCUUCGUGCUUAACAAGAAGUACAGCCACAUCUCCUUGCUGCACGUCAGUCACCACGCCCUCAUGCCCCUGGGGGUGUGGUACGGGGUGCGCCACGAACCAGGAGGCCAGACAACAUUCUUCGGGUUUCUUAACACCUUUGUCCACAUCGUGAUGUACCUGUACUACCUGCUGGCGGCCCUGGGUCCCCGCGUCCGCCCGUUCCUCUGGUGGAAGAAGUACCUCACCAGCCUCCAGAUGGUACAGUUCGUCGCAAUGUUCCUCCACGCCGCCCUGACGAUCGUCACUGGGUGUCCGGUAGGCAUACAGCUGAUGAAGUUAGUGUUUGGCCUGGCCGUCAUCUUCCUCAUUCUCUUUACUGACUUCUACAUCAAGGCGUACAGGGAUAAGAUGAGAGGAACCAUCACCUGUGUCCCCAAGCUCUCGAGUAUUUACAAUCAGGAACAAAAUGGACAGAUAAAUGGAAAGGCAGUUGACGCAGUUUAUAAAAAGUCAUUUAGUCACAAGUUUGAGUGACGUCGAGGAGCAGUCCCUGAGGAGCCGCCUGGACCCGCACUAAGAAAUGAGUGUUUGUUCGAUAAAACACAGACUUGACAAAAAACAAAACCAAACACCAAACGAGUCAUAACUGUACAGCCGAGAAUGUUUAGAAGAAAUUGAGUAGAUAUUACGCUAGAUGGAUCUGACUCAAUAAAUUUGAUUGAAUUUGUUAGGCGAAGGGAUUGUGAUCAUGGUGUUCAGAUUAGGACAGCUAAAAUGGUUGAGCUCAUUAUAUCAAUUAAAUUUAUCGGACUGGUAUUUUCAUACUAAGCAUACUUAAGAAAAAUGUCUGACAUGUUUAAAUAAGACUAACACAUUUUCUGUAAAUAUUAUACUUAAACUCUCCUGUGAUAAGCUACUGUUGCAAUUUUGUGUUCUUUGGCUGAACUGAUAAAGACACACUCGCCGGCAUCUAACAUAAGCAUGUAAGGCAUUAUAGAUCGGGAGACGAGUUUCUCCCACCUGUUCAACUUUGAUACUAUGGACAUGCUGUCGUUACACGCUGGAAGCUAAUAAUUUACCUAGAAUAGGAUUAUUCAUAAAAUUGUAUUAACAUUUUUAUGUCUAUAUAAUAUCUAUUUUACAAGUCUUACUUGAUAUACUUCUGAAUGAAGAAACGGUAUUAAGUUUUCAUUUAACCAUAAACUGUAUUUAUAACAAAAAGUUUAUAAUAAAAGUGCAUAUUAUACUAAGAUGCAUGUUAAUAAAUGAAGUAUAACGAAAAUAAAGUAUCUUCAAUCA